CAUGAGAAGAGACAUUCUCUCGCGUCAGCCACGCCGAUAAUCAUCUGACAAAAGAUUUGUACCACUCACCAAAAUUAAUAAAAUUUAAUUACAAAAUCUUAUUAAAGAUUUAUAAGAAACAAAAAUAUAAUAUGCCUAAUAGUAAUGUUUCUUUUGAGUAAAAGAAAAUACAAUUCACUGGAUUAUUGAUUUAAAUUAUUCAUUUAACAAUUAAUUAAUAAGUUUAGUGAAAUUAUCGAACAGUUAAGAAGUGGGCGUAUCAAAUGAUAAGGUGAAAUGAGUUUCAAUCGCAGUUAAACUCUUAGUAUUGUGAUUUUAAUUACUGUGCUAAUUACGUGUUAAGUUCUUAGUGAUCAGUGUGUACAAGGAAUUAACCAACGAUGGGUUCUCUUCAACAACAAUCGAUACUAAAAGGAAGUAAUACUCCCUUCAGUGAUAAGAAGCAAUUAAUUCACAAUAUUCUAAUCGAAACUGCUACAAAAUAUCCAAAUCGAACAGCAAUUCUAUAUGAAGAUGGAAAUGGACAAGAAUUUUCGAUUUCAUAUGAAAAUCUUAAUAAAACUACUGAUCGAUUGGCAAAAACUCUUCGAAGAUAUUGCAAGCCUAAUAAUAAUUCGGAAAAUAUAAUUGCCGUUUGUUUAAAACCAACGGAGCGAUUACCAAUAAUUUUAACAGCAAUUCUCAAAUCGGGAAUGGCUUAUUUACCAUUGGAUUCUGAAUUUCCUGCCGGAAGAAUAAAACACAUUCUAAAUGAAUCACAACCGGCUAUGGUGAUUAUUGAAGAAGAAGAGGACAGAUCAAUAUAUCAAGGAAAUCAUUUAUCAACUUAUGAGCAACUUUUGGCCGAAUCAAACAAAGAAUGGGAGGAUCCAUUGAGAUUAAAAGAAAGUCCAGAACAACUUGCUAUUGUUUUAUAUACUUCAGGAAGUACUGGAAUUCCAAAAGGAGUAAGAUUACCCCAUACAGCAUUGUUGAAUCGUUUACAAUGGCAGUGGAGGGAAUUACCAUUUUCACCAACCGAGGAAAAAUGUAUAUUUAAAACAGCGUUAACGUUCGUUGAUAGUGCACCUGAAAUAUGGGGACCACUUUUACAAGGGCGUACAAUAGUUGUCAUACCGAGAGCACUAACAAAAGAUCCAGAAAAAUUUGUGCAAAUGCUCGAAAAACAUCAGAUCCAACGACUUGUUCUGGUGCCUUCUUUAUUAAGAUCGAUGCUAAUGUAUUUGAGCCUUGAGAAUAGAAAAGAUGCAUUAUCGACUUUAAAAUUAUGGAUAUGUUCCGGUGAAACGCUUCCCGUUAGUUUGGCACAAGAAUUCUUUUUGCGGUUUGGCAAUAAUGAAAAAUUAUUAGCCAAUUUUUAUGGAAGUACAGAAGUUAUGGGAGAUGUUACAUUUCAUUUAUUAAGCGAACAUUCACAAUUACAAGACAUUGAUAAAAUACCAAUAGGAAAACCGGUAGAUAAUUCUAUAGUUUAUAUUGUCAAUAAAGAGAUGAGAUUACUUCCUCAAGGAGAGGUUGGAGAAUUAGUGGUUGCAGGAAAAAAUUUAGCAGCUGGAUACAUUCGGGGUAGAGAUGCUCAUAAGUUUUUAGAUAAUCCUCAUGUUAUUGAUCCAGAAUAUUCAGUGAUUUUCCGUACGGGUGACUAUGCAAGAAUUGAUCGUGGUAUCGUUUAUUAUGAGGGAAGAACUGAUUCACAAAUAAAAAUCAGAGGACAUAGAGUUGAUUUGUCUGAAGUCGAAAAAGCUUUUCUAAAUGUCUCGGAAGUUGAUAAAGCAGUUGUAUUGUGUUAUAAACCGGGAGAACUUUCACAGGCACUGGUAGCAUUUGUAACUGUAAAGGAAAAUAAUAUUUCUAGUCAACAAAUCGAAUCUUUUCUGCAAACACUUCUAGCCCCUUAUAUGGUACCGCAAGUUAUCAUCGUCGACUCUAUACCACUGUUAACUAAUGGAAAAACAGAUAGGCAAACUCUCUUAAAAGAAUACGAACUGUCGUCCCAUAACGACAAUCAUAUAGCUAUCGACUGUGAUUAUUCUGGAGUUCCAGAAGAAGAUAUGGCAAAAGCCGAAGUUUUAUUUCCAACAGUUGCUUCGGUAAUUGGACGAAGUAGUCGACAUGCAAUUACAAUUGAUUCGAAUUUUUAUCAUUUGGGUGGAAAUUCAUUGAAUUCUAUUUACACUGUGACAAAAUUAAAAGAUCAAGGUUAUGAAAUUAGUAUAACAGAUUUCAUCACAGCAAAAACAAUGGCUGAAAUUUUAUUUAGAAUGAAACUCAGUUCGGAUUUAAAUUCAGACGAAGAAUCUCAAUCUAAUAAAAAUUAUUACACAGAAAUGUUGAACGAUUCCCAUCAAGACGAUGUGAUAGAAAUGAUCACUGAAAGUUUCUAUUCGAAAGCUGAUUUAGAACAAUGGAUUCUGUCAGAUAUAUUGAGAAGUGAUUAUUCCGAGCUAAUGAAAAAAAUUUGGAUACCAUUAGUUGAGAAGAAUUUCAGUUUUGUGAUAAGAUCAAAAGAAAACAAUAAAAUUCUAAGUGUUGCACUUAAUUUCGAUGCCUUAGAUGAACCAGAAGUAGUAAUUGAAUCAAAGUUAACAGUGAUUUUUGAAUUUUUGGAAUAUUUAGAAGGACCAAUUAGAGAAACAAGAUUGCCAAAAGGUCUCGGAAAAAUAUUUCAUAGUUUUAUGAUGGCAACAGAUCAAAAUGUUAGUGCUGCGGAAAAUGUAUUGUUAAUGAAAGAAAUGGAACAUCAAUGUCUAAUUGUAGCGAGGCGAAAAGGUUUUGCAGGAAUUUUUACCACCAAUACUAGUCCUCUAACGCAGCAACUUGGUACCGAUAUUUAUAAUUAUGAUGUACUUUUGGACUAUCAAGUUAAUCAAUAUGUGGCACCAGAUAAAAGCAAGCCUUUCGGAAAAGCUCCAGACGAACAACGUGCAGUUUGCUCUUGGAAAGCCAUUUAAGGCAAAUAAUUUAUGAAACAAACUAGUUAUUAUAUUUUAAAUAUCAAUAUUUUUUUUAAAAAUAUAAAACUGAGAAAAUUUAAAUUAUUUAACAUCAAAACUAAAAUUGAUUAUAAAGAAAACAUUUCUCUGAACUCAACAAGGACUAUAUGAAAUCUUUGAAUUUCUGCGAUAUUUUAGGAUUAAAUUUACGCUCACUGUAAAUAUUUCGUGUAAAUAAUUAUAAUAUAAAAAUCUA